AUGUUAUUCAUUUUAGCCGCUUUAGCCGUCACAGCAGCCGCUCAAGGCCUCAACGGAACAUGUCCAGUACCAUUAUCACAACAGCGCACGAAUCUCACCACAAUUGGACUAUGUUCUGGGGAUUUGGAUGUCAUCGGUCCAGAAUUGCAAGCCGUUCAUGAGUAUGUUCGUGCUCCUACUGGAUUGGCUGUAGAUUUGGAUGCCAAUCUUUUCUUCACCUAUGCACGCAAUAUGGAACCACAAAACUGGACUCUUACAAAGGCCACUGGGUUCAAUAGUGAGGCACCUUGGCCAUCUGCUGAAUGGCAAAACUGUGCUGCUGGUCAAAAUGCAUCGGAAUGCUUUGUUAAUGUUCAAAAUGUGGUUUUGGACGCCGAGGGUGUGUUUUGGGUUAUUGAUAGUGGAGUUCCCAAUGGAGCUGCCCAGCCAACUCCAUACGGAGCUAAGGUCAUCUCAUUCAACUACACUACUGCAGAGGUAAUCCGCACCUACAUUUACCCACCUGAGCUCUACAAUGUCAAGCUCCAAUUGAAUGACAUCAAGAUCAACAAUACUCUUGGAUAUGCAUUCAUCACUGAAGACUCAGCAUACGGAUCAAUCUCAACCAUCAACUUGAAGACUGGAGCCACCGUCAGACAUAUCUUCAACAGCAGUUUCACUACUCCGGAUCCAAACUUCAUCUCCAUGUACAACGGAGACGUCAUCAGAAACUGGUCCGGUACUAAAUCUUCGGUUCUCAACUCUGGAACUAACGGUAUUGCAUUAACCGGAGGAAAUGUAUACUGGGGAGUUAAGGCUUCCAACCACUGGUACUAUGCUCCUCAAGAAGCAUUCACCUCCAACUUGACCGAUGCAGAAAUCGAAGCUGUAAUUCAAAACCCAGGAAACUUCCCUUCUGAACAAGCUGGUUUCACUGCUGAUGAUCGUGGCCGAGUAUAUAUUUGUGCUUCUGCUCAAAAUGCAAUCCUAUAUGCCGAUACCCAACAAUCCGAAGUCACUGAUGAAAUCAAUGGCAUCCCAGCCGGUGGCUCCGGAAUGGUAGCAGCUGCCAACUACAACCUCAAGACACUUGUCCGUGGUGGUCAGCUUCAGGCUGCAGACACCAUGGCUAUCUUGGACGGAUGGUUAUACUUUACUACCAACCAACAAGGACUUGCUCCUGGUAGACAGUACAAGAAUAUUGAUAAGCGAAGAGGCCCUUUCAGAAGCUACCGUGUUUGGAUCGGUAGAGGUCCUGCUUAG